CUAUCUCUCUUCCUUCUCCCUCGUUCUGAUUCAUGCCUUCCGUCGUCUUUCUCCUCCGCCAGUAGCGAUAACAUUCUAGAAGGUGAUCUCAGCUCCAUCCAUGUCCUGCAUCAAUGGUAUGGGCACACCCUCCUUUUUCUCCCCAAAUUAUCUGCUACAAGUCCAACCACGCCACGAAGAACCCCCCCAGCAAGACCUCACCGCAGCGGUGGCUCCGACGAUACUGAGGAAGAGAGCCAUGCCCUUAUCAGGAAUCAGAAUUAACGGCGAAGAGGCCGCGAAGCCGGAGGAUGAUGAGCUCUCUGAUGACGGCGCGCAAGCAGGGGAGAAGAAGAGGAGACUCAGCACGGAACAGGUGAGGGCACUGGAGCAGAGCUUUGAGCUGCAGGGGAACAAGCUGGAGUCGGAGAGGAAACUGCAGCUGGCCAACGCUCUCGGGAUGCACCCGAGGCAGGUAGCCAUCUGGUUCCAGAACAGGAGGGCCAGGUGGAAGACCAAGCAGCUGGAGAAGGACUAUGAGCUGCUCAAGAUCCAAUUCGAUGCCUUCAAAUCACAGAAUGAGACCCUCAAACAACACAAGAAGAAGCUGCAAUCUGAGAUUUUGGCUCUCAAAGGUAGGGAAAAGGCACAAGGACUACUCAUCAAUCUCAAUAAAGUAACUGAAGGUUCUUGCGGCAACAGGAGCGAGAGCAGCUCUGACAUGAUCAACUUGCAAGACAUUAAUUCAAGGACAUCAGUCAGCGAGAGCCUUCAGCUUCAUCCGCACCAAAGCUUGAAUCUGUUUGAACGAUAUUGCAACAAGAAUGAUGAAAAUGUCGUGGAGGAUGGAAACCUUAGUAGCUUAUUGUGCAGCGUCGAGGAUCACGACCAACCCUUUUGGCCAUGGUCAGACCUUCACAACUUCCAUUGAUGUGCCACCAAGUGAGUCAUAAUAUAAUAAUAAAUAAUGUUGCAAGAUCAUAUAAUCCGAAAUGUCGAGCUUUUUUCUUCUGGCUUA